AUGAAGGCAAGUAAAUCCGUUCAGUGUGGAAAGUACUUCAGAAGUGGAUCGCAGCUCCUUGUGGACCAAGGAACCCACACAGGGGAGAAACCAUUCAAAUGCACAGAGUCUGGAAAGAGAUUCAGGAGGUUUGCAAAUCUUCAGGAACAUCAGAGAACUCAUGCAGGGGAGAAACCAUUUUCCUGCAAAGAGUGUGGAAAGAGAUUCAGGAGUGGGCAUCUUGAAGAGCAUCAAAGAACUCACACGGGGGAGAAACCGUUUGAAUGCACAGAGUGUGGGAAGAGAUUCAGUCAGAGUAUCAGUCUUCAGCUGCACCAAAGAACCCACACAGAGGAGAAACCUUUUGUAUGUUCAGAGUGUGGAAAGAGAUUCAGUCAGACCGGCAAUCUUCAAGUCCAUCAAAGAACCCACACAGGGGAGAAACCUUUUGAAUGCUCAGAGUGUGGGAAGAGAUUCAGUACGAGUGUGUAUCUUCAACUGCACCAAAGAACCCACACAGGGGAGAAACCUUUUGAAUGCUCAGAGUGUGGAAAGAGAUUCAGUAUGAGUGUGUAUCUUCAACUGCACCAAAGAACCCACACAGGGGAGAAACCUUUUGAAUGCUCAGAGUGUGGAAAGAGAUUCAGUCAGAGAAGUAGUCUUCAAGUCCAUCAAAGAACCCACACAGGGGAGAAACCUUUUCAAUGCUCAGAGUGUGGGAAGAGAUUCAGUACGAGUUGGUAUCUUCAGCAGCACCAAGCAAACCACACAGGGGAGAAACCUUUUCAAUGCCCAGAGUGUGGGAAGAGAUUCAGUUGGAGUUGCAGUCUUCAAGAGCAUCAAAGAACCCACACAGGGGAGAAAGCUUUUCAAUGCUCAGAGUGUGGGAAGAGAUUCAGUCGGAGUAGCCGUCUUCAAGAACAUCAAAGAACCCACACAGGGGAGAAACCUUUUGAAUGCUCAGAGUGUGGGAAGAGAUUUAGUCACAGUAGCAGUCUUCAAGGCCAUCAAAGAACCCACACAGGGGAGAAACCUUUUGAAUGCUCAGAGUGUGGGAAGAGAUUCAGUCAGAGUAAUCAUCUUCGAACGCAUCAAAGAACCCAUACAGGGGAAAAACCUUUUGAAUGCUCAGAGUGUGGGAAGAGAUUCAGUUGGAGUAAUAGUCUUCAAAGGCAUCAAGGAACCCACACAGGGGAGAAACCUUUUGAAUGCUCAGAGUGUGGGAAGAGAUUCAGUCAGAGUAGCUAUCUUGAAUACCAUCAAAGAACCCACACAGGGGAGAAACCUUUUGAAUGCUCAGAGUGUGGGAAGAGAUUCAGUUGGAGUAAUAGUCUUCAAAAGCAUCAAAGAACCCACACAGGGGAGAAACCUUUUAAAUGCACCGAGUGUGGAAAGAGAUUCAGUCGGAGAAGCAGUCUUCAGAUGCACCAAAGAACCCACACAGGGGAGAAACCUUUUGAAUGCACAGAGUGCGGAAAGAGAUUCAGUCAGGGUGGCAGUCUUCAACUGCAUCAGAGAACCCACACAGGGGAGAAAGCUUUUGAAUGCUCAGAGUGUGGAAAGAGAUUCAGUCGGAGUAGCAGUCUUCAAGGGCAUCAAAGAACCCACACAGGAGAGAAACCUUUUGAAUGUACAGAGUGUGGAAAGAGAUUCAGUCAUAGUACUCAUCUUCGAGAGCAUCAAAGAACCCACACAGGGGAGAAACCUUUUGAAUGCUCAGAGUGUGGGAAGAGAUUCAGUCGGAGUGGCACUCUCCUACAUCAUCAAGUAACCCACACAGGGGAGAAACCAUUUGAAUGCACAGAGUGUGGAAAGAGAUUCAUCUGGAGUAGCAGUCUUCAAGAGCAUCAAAGAACUCACACAGAGCAGAAACCUUUUGAAUGCACCGAGUGUGGAAAGAGAUUCAGUUUGAGUGGCCGUCUCCAACGGCAUCAAGUAACCCACAUGGGAGAGAAACCUUUUGAAUGCACCGAGUGUGGAAAGAGAUUCAGUCAGAGUUUCAGUCUUCAGCUGCACCAAAGAACCCACACAGGGGAGAAACCUUUUGAAUGCACAGAGUGUGGGAAGAGAUUCAGUCAGGGUGGCAGUCUUCAACUGCAUCAGAGAACCCACACAGGGGAGAAACCUUUUGAAUGCUCAGAGUGUGGGAAGAGAUUCAGUCGGAGUAGCAGUCUUCAAGGGCAUCAAAGAACCCACACAGGAGAGAAACCUUUUGAAUGCUCAGAGUGUGGGAAGAGAUUCACUUGGAGCGGCAUUCUUCAACAGCAUCUAAGAACCCAUACAGGGAGAAACCCUUUUAAUUCUCAGAGUGUGGAAAGAGAUUCAUUUGGAGUGGCCAUCGUUCACCAGACCUAA